GUAGAGCUGUGCAGACACGUCACGCGUCAGAGUUCUCCUGUGAGGGACCCGUCUAUGGAGGGACCGAGCAGCAGCAGGAUGAUGAGGUGGUUUCUGUUCCAGCUCCUGGUCUUCGUCCCCCCUGGUGGGACCAAGGUUCUGUGUCUCUCUGAGAUGUACGGCAGCCUGCAGUCACCAAACUUCCCGGAGCCGUACCCUAGAGAGACGCAGCAGCGCUGGAACAUCAGCGUUCCUGUUGGCUUCCACAUCAGACUGUCCUUCAGCCACUUCGACCUGGAGCCGUCCUUCCUGUGUGAGUACGACUACGUCAAGGUGGAGGCGGAGGCGGAGGUCCUGGGGUUGUUCUGUGGUCGGGAGGAGACGGACACGGAGGCGGUUCCGGCUCAGCAGGUCCUCCUCUCCCCGAGGAACUCCCUCAGCGUCAUCUUCAGCAGCGACUUCUCCAACGAGGAGAGGUUCUCUGGAUUCAGGGCCCACUACAGCGCUGUGGACCAGGACGAGUGCAGCGAGCAGACCGAUGAAGACCUGCUCUGUGACCACUUCUGUCACAACCACAUCGGAGGAUUCUACUGCUCCUGUCGGUACGGGUACCUGCUGCACGCCGACAACCGCACCUGCACAGUGGAGUGCAGUGAUGGUGUGUUCAGGGAACGCUCUGGAGUUCUGAGCUCUGUGGAUUUCCCGUCUCCGUACCCUAAGAGCUCUGAAUGUUCGUACCGCAUCGAGCUGGAGCCCGGCUUCAGGCUCCGCCUCCUUUUUGACCCCAGCUUUGACGUGGAAGACCACCCGGAGGUCAGCUGCCCCUAUGACCAUGUCAAGGUUGUAGCAGGUAGCAGAGAGUUCGGUCCAUUCUGUGGAGAUAAGUCUCCGGGUGUGAUUCAGACGGAGAGCAACGUCGUCACCGUCGUCUUUCACAGCGACAACUCAGGAGAGAACCACGGCUGGAGGAUCACAUACACAUCUACAGGAAGUCAGUGUGUGGUCCCUGAAGCCCCGCCCCAUACCUUAAUGACUCCCAUCCAAUCAGAAUACUCCUUCAAAGACCAUGUGCUGUUCACCUGUGAGGAGGGAUACAGGCUGCUUCAGGAUGGAGAGUACCUGGAUCAUUAUCAGUUGGACUGUCUGGCUGAUGGAGCGUGGAGCAGCAGUCUUCCUGUCUGUCAGAUGGUGGAUUGUGGGAGUCCAAAAUCGGUGGCCAUGGCUGACGUGGUGUUUGGUAGUCAUGACAACAGUACCAUGUUUGGUUCUACCGUUGAGUAUGUCUGCAGAGACGACGGCAGCAACAUUUCAUUUAGCUGUGGGCCAAGUGGAGACUGGAUCGGUCCAGAGCCAAGAACCAGACUGCCCAGCUGCCUGCAGGCCAACUGGACAGGUACCGACACUAGAACCAACACCAGAACCAACACCAGAACCAACACCAGAAUCAACACCAGAACCAACACCAGAACCAACACCUGA